AUGUGGUCAACACGUCAACGAAUUUUAAUCGGUUUCGCGUUGCUCGUGACAGUAUUGUUUGUCGUUCUGCGAUCAACGGGCCCAUCCCACUCAAGUUUUUUACUCAGCUACCGAUCGGCUUUCGGAUUUCCAGAUAGGAAGUCUUUGUACCCUUACACCGAAGAAAACUGCCGACCGCCACCAGAGCAGAUACUGAAACCAUUGAAUGACCAAGACUUCUGCCCUCCCACAAUUUCGCACCAGCAUGGCCUCACGAUAACACGUCGACCUACGUUCAUACUGAUACCCUCGUAUACGGACUAUGAAGCCGAGGAUCCUGCAAACCGGACAACCUUCAUGCCUGAUAAGCCUCAAAGCAGUAUCCACGAUGAGAUUCGUGACCCCAGUGAGCCUCAGUUGAGUGGCAUUGGAUUUAUGGGUUGGGGCCCGAGGGACAAAAACAUCCCGGCCAGCUGGCCACGUAGAUUCAGAAGCAACUUGGAAGCGGAAGAACGUUGUCCGGUGUACAAGGUGCGAGCCAUCGACAGUGAUCCUCCGGAAUUCGGCCCUGUAAAAUCUUUCAUUCCGUCACUUGGUGGCCUCCGACGAGGCUGCCGGCCUAUCGCUACCGAAAAGUUGGGGAUAAUGUUUGGGUUCGCUACCUCUCAAUCUCGUACCCUCAAGUACCUUCCGCGCUGGUAUGAUUGGCUCAACAGUACAAAGACUGUCGAGAUUCAAACCGUCAUGGUCCUCAUAUCGCCCAAUGAAAACAACUACGACACGAACUGGGAGAUGGAGAUGAUUGGCAAAGCUCUUGGUUUCCCAUUGAGGAUCAAAUCAGUCCCUGCGAAGCGCUACGAAAGGAGAUACAUGAAAUUAGUGAAACACAUGUGGCUUGAGGCCGUCAAGAGAGAGUCCGAAGGCCAUCAUCGCACUGACUGGUUUACACUUGCGGACGAUGACACGUUCUUUCUAUCACUCGACUCCCUGAAUCGAGUCUUAUCGCGUUACAACCCACUCGAACCACAUCUGAUCGGUGCCUCGAGUGAAUCUCGGAAAGCCAAUAGUCACUUCGGCAGGAUAGCUUUCGGCGGCGCUGGCAUCUUCCUUUCGCGAGGUCUAAUCCAGAAGAUGAACGCGCCCGGAGCAUUCGAGAGUUGUUUUGAAGAAUUCGGCCAUGAAUUCGGAGGCGAUGCUAUGGUUACAAAAUGUGCCAUCAAGCUCACGUCUAAUGCAACUUUCAAAGCUGAACCUACUCUGCAUCAACUUGACAUUCGCGACGAAGGUCACGGCAUUUUCCAGGCUGGGUUACGCUUCACCACUAUCCAUCAUUGGGACUCAUGGUUCCAGCUCCAACCCAAAAUCCAUCCCCACACACUCAAGGACCCACUCGCUCUAGUUGCUCUGUUAGGGAAAGCCGCGCGAGUCGUUGGUGCUGACAACUGGACAAGAAGAUAUGUCUGGGGAUUCAAUAAUCAUACUGAUCCCGAUCUAGUAGCGAAAUCCGGAGCAGUAGUUGUGGCAUUAGGAUACUCGGUCACGAUUUUUGCAGAUUCGGUAUUGAAGCAGUCUUACUUGGACGAAGUUGAGCACACCUUUGCAGCCGAGCCACUUGUCAUGAAAACCCGGCCCAAACUCUUGGAAACUCGUCAGCGUCGAACCUAUUAUCUGAAGUCAAUCAGAGUCGUCAAGGGAACUGAAGAUCGGGUGGCCGUCUUGACCCACAUAAAUACAGAGGGUGAAAUUAUAGAUUUGGUCUGGGACGGUCGCCGAAGACCUAAAGAUGAUACCAACUAG